AUGUGGGUAUACCAAGAGAUGGUGAAUGAGGGAGAGUUCGAUGAUUUCCCUUCCUCUGGCGUGCAUGCGUUCGCUCCCCCAGAGUGGGUGCCAACCAUUGAAGUUUCAACCGAUAAUGCAGCGGGUUUUGGUGUUGUUGCUGAAAAGGUUAGGGGUAGGGAAUUGGGAGAGCCCGAGGAAUGCGGUCUUGGUUUUGGCCAAUAUGCACGCCCUGACCCUCUCAUCGAGUCCUCUAGGGAACUGGAAGAUUUCCAGCCCUUUCAUGGCCCCGACCUCGAUACCCUUACUCGUAUACGGCUCAGACACUAA